CUGAAGCCCGCCUCGAGGGCAGGCGAUGUGCUCCAACGCGACUCGGUGCCGGCGGGCUCGCAGCUGAACAUCCGGCGGAAGGUGCCGGAGCAGCAGCCGCAGCCGACGGCGCCGGCCUCCUCGAUGCUGCAGCGCGUGCUGGGGCGCCAGGCGGCCGCCAGGGCGCAGAAGGCCGCCGGCGCGCGCGGGGCCGCCGUGCUGGAGGACGCGGGCUCGCUGAUGCAGACCGUGGUGGAGACCAAGGCAUGCGGCGCGCUCGCGCGGGUGCAGCUGAAGCCCGCCUCGAGGGCAGGUGACGUGCUCCAGCGGGACUCGGCGCCGACGGGCUCGCAGCUGAACAUCCGGAGGAAGGUGCCAGAGCAGCAGCCGACGGCGCCGGCCUCCUCGAUGCUGCAGCGCGUGCUGGGGCGCCAGGCGGCCGCCAGGGCGCAGAAGGCCGCCGGCGCGCGCGGGGCCGCCGUGCUGGAGGACGCGGGCUCGCUGAUGCAGACCGUGGUGGAGACCAAGGGGCUGGACAUCCGCAAGCGCCGCCCGCGCGACGAGUUCUGA